AUGCUUCCUAGCAGUGCCGUGCGCGAGCUUCUCAAGACUCGUCGGCUACAGCCGGCGGACGUAGCAGGGGGGCCCGCAUGUCUCCCCCCACUCCUCCGCGCGCAGCCCCACCUCGCCCCGCGCAUCAUCUCCGCCCUCCUCACUUUCUGCGCUCCCCCCCAGGAGGGGAGAUGGGGGGAAGGGCGGGAGGUCAGGCGGGAUCGGGGACGAGGCUCUUGGGGGGAGGGCGCGGGGGAAGGAGGAGCAGGAGGGGUAAACGAGGGUGGUGGCGACGCUGCUUUCUUAGACGAGGCAGUAGAAGCGGUUAUGGCUUUAAGCGGUGGUCGCAUGGGCUUUAAUCUCGAUCUGGAUUCUCUAGCCAUGGUGAAAGAAGCCUAUUCUGACGGGGACCACGAGGGGCAUGACUAUGCAAUGAUCAAAACGGGCGGUGGAUGCUGCGACUGCGGCGAUCCAACGGCCUGGAAGCGUCAGGGGUUUUGCAAGAAGCAUCCUGGCCCUGGGCACGCCCCGCCCCUCCCGGAAAGUUUCGUUGCCCGGGCAGAGCCCGUGCUGGCCGCGGUUGCUGCGGAAUGGCAGCAGAAAAUAGUUUUCGCUGCCCGGCUGGAGGAGGAACGGAGUGGAGGCGCAGCAGGGUGGGGGGGUUCUGGGUUUGGGUUUGGAAGCGGGAGAAGCGGGGGCGGAGGGGGAGGGGGAGGCGGAGGGGGAGGAGGGAGAGGCGGGACAGCGGGAAGCAGUAUGAGCUCGCUGCUAGGUUCCCUCACAGGGGGUGUGGGGGGGUCGGGAGGGUGGAUGAGUGGUAACGAUGGGUUCAGAGGAUCUUCCUCCUUCUCGUCCUCCCCCUCCUCUUCCUCCUCCGCAGCGCUAUCAGCAGCAGCGCGGUUGCGAGCAGCGAAGAACGAGGCAGCAGCAGCAACUGAGAGGUUCUCGGAGAUGUUUCUGAGACUGGCCAGCACCAGUGAAGGGCUGCUGCACCUUGUCUCGUCCGUGCUCACCAGGAAAAGCCCUAUCCCCGUUACUGCCCGCCCUGAUACAGUGCCAUCGGGGUUCCAUCCGACCAACAUUACCAUUACUCCUACUGCUUCUUCUGCCCUUACAGCCGCUGCCCCUACUGGUCCCGUCUCUGCUCCUGGAUCUUCCCAUGCACUCUCUUCUUCGGCUCCUGUGGGAUUAGGCUCACUGCUCAGCCCAGCAGCAGGGUCGUCUCUCCCAGCAUUGUCACAUCCCGCAGCAUCACCUCCCUUAGUGUCACCUCCCCCAGCCUCACCUCCCUCUACCACCGCUGCUGCUGCAUCCGCCAGUCUGUUGGAAGCUCUGGUGGCAAACGAGGAGGGUAUUAAAGAGGACUCCAUGCUCGUAGCCCACCGCCUUCUCUACAAGCUCCUAGGCGACCCGGGCUUUAAGUACCAAUUCGCCCUCGCGUUCGUUGCUAACUACUCGGCCUUCGUGCUGGGGAGUGGGGGGAGAGGGGACGGGGAGGAGGGCGGGGGAAGGUGGGGGGGAGGGGGUGCGCGGGGGAGCGGAGGGCGGAGGGGAAGAGGAGCGGCGGGGAGUGGGAGUGCAGGGAAUAGGGUAUCGGUUCUGGAGAGCUUUUCGGUGCAGAUUCUUACGGUGCCGGUGCUGACGCCCAGGCUCGUGGUGGAGGCUCGGCUGCUGGAUAUCCUGCUGGGUACCCUGCAGAGCAUGCUGCAGGGGGCGCUGGGACGAGACGGGCGCAUCAAUUUAUCCCGAGAGGAGGUGCACAACGGGCGAGUGACCGACGAUAUUCGCUACGUCCUCUCCCACUCCGCCUCCUCCCGCCACGUCACCGCCCGCCGCCCGGACCUGCUGCGCGCGUGGCUGCGCCAGUUGGCGGCCGCCCAAGGCAUGUGUCCACACGUGCGGCGCACAACCACCCACGUGGCAAUAGAGCUGGACGAUUGGAGCUUCGCGUACCUGUUAGAAGCACAGCUGGCGACGGUCAACCCGCUGCUCGCCGAAGCUAGCGCCGUGCCUGAGCUGGAGGCUCGGAAGGAGGGUCGGCAGGUGGAGGGAGGAUCGGCAGGGGAGAAAGGGGGAGGAGAGAAGGUAGGGGAGAAGGGGGGUGAAGGGGGAGGGUUUCCGGGGUUGGGGUUCGGGAGGAGGAAAACCCUGAGAUGGUUUGUGGAUGAAGGUGCAGGGCAGCACGCAGGGCAGCAGGCAGGGCAGCAGGCAGUGGGGCAGCAGCAAGGGGAACAGGCAGGGGGCAGUGGCAGUGGCAGAAGCGAUGGCACAGCAGCAGAAGCAGCAGCAGGAGAGACCAUCCCUGGGGAUGGAGGUUGGGGGGGUGGUGCUGCUGAACUUGAUGCUACUACCAGCUGGAAGGCAGAGGGUUUUGACCCAGAGGCAUAUGCGGAUGACUGGAGAGAGACCGAGACAGGCACGCACACAUACCUGCCGCCCCGAGCCUGCGAGGUUCGGCAGGUGGCGGCGAGGUUCGGAGUUCCUCCGGCGCUGGUGCGGCUGCUGCACGAGUGUGCGUGGGUGCUGGCGCGGUGGGUGGCAGUGGAGGGGUUGAGGUCACUGGGGUCAGCGUUUGGGAGCGGGGCGAGCAGUGUGGAGGCACUGAGACUGCUCGGCCUUACCAGGUCGCACUUUCCUGCGUUUCCAUCUGCUGCUGCUGGAAAUGCCGGUGCUGCUGCUGCUGCUACUGCUGGUACUGCUGGCGGUGGUGGCGGUGCUGGUGGUGGUGCUGGUGGUGGUGCUGGUGGUGGUGCUAGUGCGACGGCGAUGAGAGGGAUGAGGCAGCUUGGGCAGCUGGGUCUGUUACCAGGUGCAGCCGCAGCAGCCAUGGCUCGUAUCACCUCCCCUUCCCACCCGCCCCGCCCCACUCCCUCCGCCUCCCCGCCUUCGCCUCUGCUAACCCCUCUGCCUGCCGCUGCCACCACAGGUAGACUCUCUGGUGGGGGCACGUCUGGGGAAGGCUCACCUGGGGGAGGGGUUGCUGGUGGGGGUAGGCCCAGGGGGGUCUCAGCGCCUUCGCUGACUGCUGCUGCUGCUUUGGAACAGCAGCAACAGGAGGGUCAGUCGUUGCAGCAGCAGCUAGAGGGUCAGCAGCAGCAACAGCAGGAGCGGCAGCAGGUGCAGUUACUGUCGUCGGUUCUGGUGCACGCGCCAGGAGCUUCUCUCCUGUCGUUCAAAUGGGCCCAGGACGAACUGAAGAGCCUUGCUUCCGAGGCAGCUGCUGCUGCUGCUGCAGCCGCAGCAGAGAGGGCGGGUGGAGGCGGAGGGGCUGUGGGUGGUCGAAGCAGCAUAGCAGGUGACGCUGGGGAAGCAGGAGCAGUAGGAGGAGGAGGAAGAGGAGCAGGAGGCGGAGGGGGAGGGGCAGCAGGAGGCAGCGGCGCCAGUCCAGUGGGGCGGGCAGGGAGGUUCCUAUCAGGCAUGGCCGCAGCAGCAGGGGCGGCAGCUGCUGCUGUGGGCGGCAGAACCACAGGAGCAGGCAGUCCGGGCACUAGAGGGGGAAGUCCAGGGGGAUUGGGGCAAGAGAGAGUGGCCACAGCAGGAGCAGAGGCAGUGCCUGCGCUUGGGCUUGAAGGGUUGGGGAGAGGGGGAGGGGAAGGAGGUGUGGGAGGAGCAGAAGCGGGAGGGGGUGCUGGGUUAGGAGCGGGUGCAGGGCUGGGUAGAGUGGGUUUGAGAGACGGCGAAGCGCCUGCUGCGAUUGUUCCUGCUCCUGCUCCUGCUGCUGCUGCUGGUGGUGGUGGCACAGGAAGGGGAGGGGAGGAGCACGCAAGGCAGGAGGGGGAGGACAUGACCCACACGCAGAGGGGCCACAUGGGGAUCUUAAGCAACUGGCUCAGAAGGGCGUCUAGGUUCAGGGCGACAGGGGGAGAAGGGGCACAGGGAACCCAGGGCAGGCAUGCAGGGGCAGGUGAAGCAGCAGGCGCAGAGGCAGCAUGGGCAGACGUAGGGGUAGGUGCAGAGGCAGGAGGGGCAGGAGGAGGGGAAGCAGCGGCAACAGCCAUGCAGGCAGAUUCGUUGGCAGCAACAGAGGCAGUAACUCUCUCUGCUGCGCACCCCCCCUCCGCCGCCCCCCCUCUCUCCGCUGCUGCUGCUGGUGCCCUCAGUGCACGGAGCAGCCCCUGCUGGUGGGUGGGGCGGCAGCUGCUGUCGCUUCUGGAGGGGCUGCUACCGUUCCCUCCCCCUCGGGUUGAACCAGGGGACUUGGCAGGAGACACGCCACAGGAGGGGGCUUGGGCAGAGGAAUCUGCUGCAAGAGGGGCAAGAGAAGGGCCAGGGGCAGUUUUGGGGGCAGGGGCAGUUUUAGGGGCGGGGGCAGGGGCGGGGGCAGUAGCAGGGGCGGGGGAACGCUGUAUUACCAUGGCUACGGAGGGGUGGGAGGCGAGUUCUAUGUCAAAGGGGCCUGUGGGUGGGGCUGAGAGUGUGCUGGAGUGGCCAGUGGUGGAGUACGAUGUGGCGCGGCAGGAGGUGUCGUUUCACCUGCCUCUGCACCGCAUGCUCGCACUGCUCCUGCACUCCCUGCUGCGCCUCUCCUGCCCCGUGCCCGACCCACCAGGCGACGCACAUGGGGACUCAGAGCAGAGGGUUGGGAACGAAGGGAUGGUGGAGGGCUCACGGGAUGCGAGGGAGGAGAGAUGGAGGGAGAGAGAGGCGGCAGAGCUGUGCUUGCUGCGCCUGCUGCCCAGUAAGCUCCAGAGAGGAAGCUUCCUCGCAGCUGUGGCGGAGCACGGGCUGCGAGUGCAAGUGCUGUGCGCGCAGAUAUCAGCGGGAAUGUGGAGGAGGAACGGGCAAUCCAUGGUCGCUCUCUGCGACCUCUACCACUCCGUGCACUGGUGUGAGGACAGCCUGGAGUUGGACCUCUUCCUGUUGCAGUGCACUGCUGUCUCGGCUCCUCCUGAUGCCUUUGUGCGCCAGGUUGUAGCGCGCUACAGCCUCACCAGCUACUUCUCCCUCGCUGUGGGGACGGCAUCAGAGUACGAGCCUGCAGUGGCCCAGGACUGCAUGGCCUUCCUCAUCCGUCUCAUCUCAGAGCGAUCCUUUUCCGGCCUCCCCCCCACUGCGGCCCUCCGGAGGGAGGUAGUGCAGCGCCUAGCCAUCGGCAACGCCACCCGCAGCAGCGUUGUCAAGUCCCUCCCCCCUCGCUUCGCCGAAAACCCCGCCAUCCCCGCCGUUCUCGCUGCCGUUGCGGAUUAUUCCCGCCCCUCGGGAAUGGAGCAAGGGCGAUACUUACUUAAAAGAGACUGUUACAGGGAGCUGGAUUUGUACUGCCUAAGAUGGGCGCCUAGGGAGUUGCAGCGAGCGGAAGAGAGGUAUGCGGAGGCGGUUAAGAGAUCUGCGGUUGUGGAGCAGACGCCGAGAUGGCGCGAUCCUGUCCGUCCGUUGAUGGGCCUGCGGGAGAUUGCCACGUCAGCAGGCAUGCAUGAUGUGGUGCUGUCGGUGGUGCUGCACGCGUGGUGGGAUGAGGAGGGGAGAGAGAUGAGCUACAGAGAAGCCAGAGGCAGCAACGGUGCCAGCAUUGGGAGUGGUGGUGGUGGUGGUGGUGGUGGCGGUGGUGGGAGUGGGAGUGGGAGUGCAGGGAGUGGGAGUGGGAAUGGGAGUGGGUUGUCUCGUGCGCCUGAUAUUGUGCUGCAUGCCGCGCUGCAUCUGCUGGCAUUGGCUCUUGACACUUGCGUGGCGUGGCAGGAAGCCGAGGAGAAGAAGGGGCGGGAAGGACAGAGAGGGCAGGGAGGAGACGAGGAAGAGCAGGGAGAGAAGGUGGGGAGAGAGGGUGGUGAGGAGGAGGGGAUGCGGAUGGAUGUGGAUGGGCGUGUGGGAGGGGAUGCGAGCGGCGGUUGGAGUGAAGGAAGAGAAGCAAGAGGGGGAGGAGAAGGAAGGGAAGGAGAAGGAAGGGAAGGAGAAGGAACGGAAGGAGAAGGAAGGGAAGGAGAAGCGGGUUCAGGCUCAGGCAUGGAAGUGGAAGGGGCGGACUGGAUGGCUCGUGAUGCACGUGGUCAUGUUGACCAUGCAGCUGUGCAGAAGAGACACUCCUGGCCACCGGCCCUCCUGUCCCGAGCAUGCCAGCCGUUCGAAGCACGGUUACCAGACAACAGCAGCAGCGGCGGCAGCGGCAGCGGCAGUGGCAGCAGCAGCACGGCCGCGGGGCUGUUCGCCCUGCUGCCAGGAGCGACCCUCUCGACCCUCUCGUCCUCUCACUGGUUCCGCGCGUCGCACGCUGCCCCGGUGUCCCUGCUUGCGCUCCUCGUGCGCCUCCUGCGGUGCUGGCAGCGCCAGGCAGGGACGACGCACGGCACCGCUGCUGCUGCUGGUAGUGAAGGGAUGGGGUUAGUGGCCAGGAAUGAGAGUAGGGGGAGGGAAGGCGAGGAGGGUAGAAGCACAGCAGUUGGGGAGAGGUCGGGCGGGGCAGGAAGGGGAGGGGGAGGGGAGGGGCGGGCGGAGCUGCAUGUUCUGGUGCUGCGGCUGCUUAAGCGUUUCGCUCAGCUAAGCGACGAGUGCAGGAGAGCUCUGGAGGUGCUUUGCCCGGAGGAGUUUGAUAAGGGAAAGGGGAAGGCGGCGGCUGGAGGCCGCGGGGGAGGGGCUGGGGAAACGGGGGAGGCAGCAAAGGCAGCACGGGCAGGAGGAGCAGGGGGAGCAGGUGUGGGAAUAGGAGGCAGAGAGAUAGAGGUUGGAGAAAGUGAGAGGGGGAGUGGUGGUGGUGGCGGCAGUAGGGGUGGUGAGGAGAAGGGAGAGGGUGGGGUGUUGAGUGAAGCCGAUGCAAAGAAGUCGUUUGCUCGGGCAAGACAGCAGGCGUUGCUGGCAAAGAUGCGGGCAGCGCAGCAAAGAUUCGCAGCAAGCAUGAAUCAAGGCAAAGGAAAGGAGGGGGAGGAGGAAGAGGAGGAGGAGGAGGAGGAGGAAGAGGAAGAAGAGGAGGAGAAGAAGGGGAGGGUGGAGACAGGGGGGUGGGAGUAUGGACGAGAUGUAGACAUGGGAGUGGGUGAGGAGGAGGGGGGGAGGAAGCGAGGGAAGAGGCGGAAGGGGAAGGCAGUGGUUGAGGAGGAGGCAGAGGAGGAGAGGGAGUGUGUGCUGUGUAGGGAGGGGGACAAGGGGGGAACUUCCUCUCCCCUCUGUCACAUUGUUUUCUGUCAGGUCUCUCCAGCCGUCCCUCCCCCACCUGGCAGCAUGGUGCUCGUCCCCCUGCUGCCCCCACUGUCCUGCCUGUUGCUUUUUAAGCCCCUUCCUCCCUUCUCCUAUCCUGUCUACCUACCUGCGGAUAACCCCCAUCAGAAGUCUCGUCUCGUGGGUCUCUCCAGCCGUCCCUCCCCCACCUGGCAACACGGUGCUCGCCCCCCUGCUGCCCCUGCUGCACCGCCUGCUACCUCCCGAGCUGCUGUGGCUGCCGCUCCCACAGCAGGUGUAGCAGGAGCAGGGGGGAUUGGGGAAGGAAAUACUGGGGCAGUCGCGACUGGGGCCGGGGGUACCGUAGGGCAGCAGCAGCAGCAGGGGUUGGGGCAAGCGGUGAUUGUGCUGGGGGGAGCACGUGCAGCUGCUGCAGCUGGUGCCACUGGUGGGGAAACGGCAGGAGGAAUGGGGACGGAGGCAGGGAUAGGCACAGCUGCUGCUGCUGCUGCAGCACUGACAGGAGCAGCAGCAACAGGAGCAAUGACAAACGGAGCAGCAGGAGCAGCUACGACAAACGGAGCAGCAGGAACAGCAGGAGCAGCAGGAGCAGCAGGAGCAGCAGGAGCAGCAACAACCACCACGGGGACGUGGGUGCAAGCCACAGAGUUUCUAGACUGGAUCAGAGCGACCUUGCGCGAGGGGGGAGGGGGGCCUGUGACUGUACAGGGGCCCAGGGGAGAGUGGCAGGUGGAUGGGGAGGAUUUGAUGGAUAUCCUGCAGCAGGAGCUACCGGGGGAGGUGCGAUUCACAACCACUAUAGUCACAGGGGAGGGGUGGCCGGAUACGGAUAAUGACACUGGUGAUGAUGAUGAGGAGGAGGAUGGGAAUGGUGCUGGUAAUGGUGCUGGUAAUGGUGCUGUCAGGGGUUGGAAGAGGAUGGGGAUGAGGGGCAGCAAGGGGGGGGGGGGACCACCCGAGCAGCAAGAUGGACAGACCCAAGGGGUGCCGGGGACUGCAGCAGCAGCAGCACCACAUGUGGAGCACGCAGGUGCAACAGCACCCGCGGCAGCAGCGGCAGCAGGGGCAGCAGCGGCAGCAGGGGCAGCAGGGGCAGCAGGGGCAGAAGGGGCAGCAGGGGCAGCAGGGGCAGCAGCAGUGGAGCAGGCAGGUGCAGGUGGCAUGGGCACUCAUGGCAUAACCACAGUGCCGCCCAUUGCUGCAGUGCUGCCCGUUGCUGCAGUGUUGCCCGUUGCUGCAGUGCCGCGCGUUGCUGCAGUGCCGCCCGUUGCUGCAGUUGUGGGAGCAGGCACUGCCAUUCCUGAAACCACAGCAGGAGCCACCGGCGAGUUUCCUGUGUCCCGUGUGCCGCCGUCCGUCUCGCAACGCCACGCUCCCUCUGCUCCCAUCUCGCUCCCCGCCUCUGCCCUCCCCACCGCUUCCCUCUCGUCCCUCUCCCGGCUGCUAUGCCCUCUCCUCCCCUCCUUGGGGUUCCCCUCUCCACCCCCCUUGCUGCACUCGCUGAAUCCCAAGUCCGGGGAAGGCAGGCUCGGCACCAAGAGCUGCGUCAAGGAGAGAUUCAAGUGGUGGACCACCACGAGCAGCACUGAAGAGGCUAUAGGAGCCACAGCCAUGCGCAUCUGCCAGGUGGCAACGCUCCGAUUCGUCGAGAUUCCGGCCACGUGGCGCUUGGUCGCGAGCUACAAGGCUGCUGAUCUGGCAGAGUUUGGAGUACAACCGUCGCCUGCGCUGAGCUGGCAGGGCGAGGGGCACCACCUGGCUGUCCAGCUGGCAGAGUUGACACGUCAGCACAGUUCUGGGGGCUGGGGGAGUACAGCAGCAGCAAGGAUGAGGACAGGUGGCGCGAUGUGGUUGACUACUGCUGAGGCAAGAGUUGCGGCAUUGGCUGCUUGUGCGGAGGAGGAAGGGGGGAAGGGGGAGUGGAUGGAGGGGAGGGCAGAGGGAGGGGGGAGUGGAAGUGCAAGCAUUGGUGAGCGUGAGCAAGAGAGAGGUGGGUCAGGCAGUGCGAUGCAAGUAGGGAGUGCAGGAGGUAUGGAGGUAGGAGGGGAUACCAGCAGUAGUGGUCAAUCGAGGGGUGAAGGAGGGAACAGCAUAGGAAGAGAGGUGGGCGGUG